UUUGCUUCCGACGGGUAAUACAGUGGAAGCAAGCAAGCAGAAGCAGCCGGCCGCGCCUCAUCGUAGAUAGUGAUUCCCAAUCGGAAGCAAAGAGAAUCCACAGAGCAAUGGAAUUCCAGAAGGGCGUCCAGAGAUGGCUAGUUGACAUUUCUCAGUGGAAUCCCUCAUCCUGCGAGUUCUCCUAUGCCAUGUCUUUUCUACCUCUGCACGAGCACCCUUCCAUCACCAGGUAUCUGAAAUUGGUGGAUCGAAAACGGGCACUCGUGAGCAGGCUGCUUCAGUACGCACUUGUGCAUGAGGUGUUUGGCAUCCCGUUUGAUGAAAUUAUUAUUAAGCGAACUGUUGAGGGCAAGCCCUAUCUGGAAGGUUAUAAACUGGAUCCAGAAUUCCCAAAUUUCAAUUACAACACAUCCCAUCAUGGUGACUUCGUGGCUAUAGCUUCAGAACCAAUAUGCAUUGUGGGCUUGGAUAUUGUUUCUCACACUGUUCCCGAAAAAGAGACAAUUCCAGAAUUCAUCCAAAACUUCUCAUCAUACUUUUCCAGACUUGAAUGGGAUAAUAUUGUUAAAGCUGGCAGUUGUGAUGAAAUGUUAAAUGAGUUUUACAGGUAUUGGUGUCUGAAAGAAGCAUUUGUCAAGGCUAUAGGAACAGGAGUUGGAUAUAGACUAGACUUCGUGGAAUUUCAUCACACUAACUGGGCCAACAUUUUUGUUAAAGUUGAUGAAAAAGAAUUGAAAGAGUGGAGAUUUUGGCUUUAUGAGCUGGGAAGGAUGCAUAUGGUAUCAAUUGCCAGGGGGCACCCGAGGUUUGCCACAGAGACUUACAAGAGAACAUUAAAGAGGACUGAGUUUAACGAAGAGCAAUACAAUUUGGGUCUUCAUCUUCCAGAUGUAAGUUUUGCACUGCGAACAGUUGAACAACUGAUUCCAAUCUCAUGUAAAGCAGGUAAAAUAGCUGUUGAUGUGGCACAAGAGCAUAAUAAAUAACCACCCGAAGAAGUAGCUGAGUCAUCAUCAUGACAUAUCGAUUGAUUGGGAAGACAUAUAGCAUACCUGAACGGUCUUGUCUGAAACAGAGUACCUUAAACGGACAUCAAACUUCCUCUCCCUUUAUUUGACGAGCAGUUAAAGAAGCUCGAUUACAUGGGACAGUGCCAUCACUCUGAAUCAAAGUAAGAAGUUAACUUGUUUAUUGUUGUUGCAAAGUGACAAAAGGAAGAACCCUCCUCGAUGCCUGCAUAAACGGAUCCCACUCGUGGAGAAACUUACAGUUAUUUUGCUAGAUGGUUCAGGUGUAAUGUUAGUUCAAUACUAACCACAGCACAAAUUAUAUCAGAGCUGUGGCACGUUUAUACGGAAGGUGCUUUCGCUUGUAUCAACUUAGACAAAAGCACUACACAAAAUUCUCAGCAAUCUGGUAAAUCCUUGUGGCAUUGGCCGAUCCCAUCUGUACUUAAGCACAGAGCUAAUAUGGCUCCAAUGCAAAUUCUGAAGGCUUGUUUUUAUCAGGCAAACAUGGCAAUCAGAGGAACCUCUUGUGCACAAAAGCAGCAUCCAAGCAAUGAGGAAAAUCUUCUAGUCUUGGUUCAUCAUGUUCAAUAACUGCUUUGGAGCAAUAUGUGCCAGAAUGGCAUGCAACAACACAGUGUGCUUGCAUGCUCCAACGUCAUCUUUAUACUUUUCUCCUUUCUUUCCCUGCUUUGAUACGUCUUUGUCUUUGGCCAUAUAAUGCGAGUACUGAGUCCUUUGUAAUCAAUGAGACAUUUCUCACCAGACAGCAUCCUUACCACAUAUUCAAAUUUGAGAACCCAUCGAAGGAUAUCUUUUCUAUAUACUUUUUUUUUGGUCAAGUGUUGAUAUUCCUUGUUGAAAUGUUGUGUUAGUCCUAGUACUUGCACAACUGUACCUAUAACUCACUUUGGUUCUCACUGUCUUUCCGUAAGUUAAAAAGGAGGAAAAUAGAUGCCGAGGUUGCCUAAUAGCCACAAUCAAAAAGGUACUGAGUCACAGACUUUAGAUAUAAUUGCAGCUUCUGGAAGGGAAGGAUCGUUUAUAUUCAUAUUCACAUAGCCUAGCUAGAAAAAUAAAAAAUAAAAAUACUGACAAAAUAAGAAAAUAAAGAGAGCGGGUGGGUUGAAAGGAAAUGGCAAUUCAUUACAAGAAGAAAUUCCCCAUAAACAAUGAGAAAACUUUCAAUUACUGUAGUUAAUAUUAUAAGUAUCCAAAGAAUAAUGGCCAUAAUUACACAUGCGCCAAUUGGCCUGAGAUGAGAUAGUAGAUAAAAAGCCGCGCCCCCCCUUCCACCCAAACCCGAAGAAAUCCCCAAAAUAAAAAAAAAAAGAA